AUGACCGGCGCAGCCGCUCCGAUUGACAUCGCCACCCGCCAAACCUCUGUCUCUCCCCCGGGACAGCAGGCAUCAAAUCUAACGUCGGCCCUGCAGAGAGCUGGUAAUGGAGAACGAACAGGUAGCAUAGCCCACGCAAAUGGCGUUGGUCUCAGUGUAUUCAAGGCCCCUCCUCCACGAAAGGACUCCAUCGGUGCAGCACCUGCACAUUGGGGGAAUGGCACGAAACCUAUUUCGGUAUCUGGAGCCAGUCGCGACAAGCCGCGUCGAGAGUCCCUAGCUGGAAGCUUGGUUGGUGGGAUGAGCUGGGGUGGCAUCUCUGUUGGGAGUUGGAUACGCGACGAUAUCCUUAUGACCGGCACUUCCCCCUUCCAUAUUCAGUCACCUUCGUUUCAUUCAUCGUCAUAUCUCCCUAAGCUGGAAGCAAAUUUUAUGAAAGAUUUCCAGUGCUGUAAUGUGACCCUGCCAACCCUUCAUGAUUUACUGCAACAUUAUGAAGAAGCCCAUGCCACAAAGUCCCCGCAUCAGGGACACCGCCCGAGUCAAGCGGAUGGUCGAGCUGCUUUGGCUGCUGCGGCGAUCGCCCAACAGCAGAGCCAGCAGAAUAAUAACCAAAAUCGCGGGCUGCAGCCGGACAGGUCCAUGGACAUGCAGCGCAAACUAAGCCAGAACCAGCCAAUGCAGCCACACUCGGAUAUGGAUACCAUCGACGACAUGGAACUAGAUGAUCCGAUGGGUGAUGCCGAUGACGCAUCCUCACAUUUGUUCUCUAGUGCCUCGCAAGAUAACAACCAGGGAGGGUUUGGAAACUCCAACCAGACAGUUCCGCAGCUGAACCUGUCGAUGCUACCGAGCCACCAGGGAUUCAAAGGCUCGCAACCCGGCACACCAGUGGCUUCCGCACGCCCCCUAUCACUUCAGAAUAACCCCACCGUUUCCUCCGUAAAUACCCCCACGUUGAUGGCCAACCCACUUCAGAACUCCCAAUUCCGAACUACACCAGAUUCGUCUACACCGGGAACUCCAGCAGAACUCGAGGACGGUAUGAUCAGUCCAUUUGGCGAUAUGUCGAUGCAGAACAACCCAAUGAUGCAGGCCCAGUCUCAGUUCUCUAGGUUCGCUGGUGCUAACAACGAUAUGGUGGAUCUGUGUAUCGAUGAACCAGCGAAACGAUUAUUUAGUCCAACAGGAGGAAUCAGCACUCCUAAUGCUCAUUUCAAGCUUAGUGGUGCGCAAUACGGCCCUAAUAGCGAUAUUGCUCGACGAAUUCGUGAACAGCAGCUGUUGGCUGGUGUUCCCGAUACCACGGCCUUGCUCCCAAAUGAAGAGCCCAAGCCUUUCAGAUGCCCUGUCAUUGGAUGCGAAAAGGCAUACAAAAACCAAAAUGGGUUGAAAUACCACAAGGCUCAUGGUCACAACAAUCAACAAUUACAUGAUAACGCAGACGGAACCUUUUCAAUUGUCAACCCAGAAACAUCGACCCCAUACCCGGGCACUCUCGGUAUGGAGAAAGAAAAACCAUACCGCUGCGAAGUUUGCGGCAAACGUUAUAAGAAUUUGAAUGGCCUCAAGUAUCAUAAAUCGCACUCUCCACCAUGUAAUCCUGACUUCCAACUUGCUGCUGGCCGGAACAUGGCAUUUGGUGGCGGAGUCAUGCAGGGACAGAAUAUCAACGUUGCCGGAGCUGGCCUACCUGGCAUUGGUGAGGAAGGGCUUCUAUAG